AUGAGGAUCACACGUGUUACCAAAUUUGCACGAAACGACUUUCUUGCGGACUCCACACUUGUGGACAGCUUUGUCACAGGGGAAUCUGUCCUCCGUGCAGCAACACCUCCUAUGAGCGUCUCUACUGCCGCUGCCGAAGGUCAUGGAUUGAGCCACCUGUGCUGUGCGGAACGAAACCUCCGAAUUGCAGCCACCCAUGUGGUAUUCCUCGACCAUGUGGCCAUCCCCCCAAUCAUCCGUGCCAUAUUGAGGAUAAGUGCCCAGAUUGUGUUGUUCCUGUUGAAAAGAGGUGUGACUCGCACGGAAACGUGA